UUGUUUUGAUUCAACAUAAGGCCUUUUUACUACACAUUUUUAAUCAAAUGUCAGCCCACUGUGAUUACCUAUAAAGAAGUACAUUGUUCUGAUAUUAUUAAUGCAUUUUCAGAGGCACCACAUAUCCCAGGAAAUGAUAGAAGGUGAAAUAACAUCCAGAAUGUCCGGAAUCAUUGAGAAUGAUGGCCAUCAUCUGUCACCACAGGACUACAGGCUUCUGACCACAGAUCCCUCCCAGCUGAGGGAAGAGGACCUCCCUGAGGAUCUACAGUCUCUGUCGUGGCUCACCUCCGUAGAUGUGCCCAGAAUACAGCAGAUCGCUGAUAGCCGGGGCCACAAUAACGGGCCCUCCCAGGGCAGUUUGCUGGAGCAGCAGACAGCUCAGCUCAGCAGUCUGCCCAUGCCAACAGGACAGAGCUCCAUGCUGCAGAGCUCCAUGCAGCACAGCCCUUUGGCCAUCAGCAUGGUCAACACACAUAGUGGAAUCACUCUUGUGUUUGUUCCACAGAUGUCUCCGUUCUCUAUGAAUGGACUUCCUUCUCCAGCUUACCAGUGCCCUUCCUCAGUCUACCAGCCCACACCUCAGCCGGUGUUCUCUCUAACCCAAACUGGACAACAGUGUUCAACAACUGGGCUUUACAGCAAUGUCCCCUUCCGUGACCAAAGUCUUUACUCACAACCUCAGCUGGCUCCACAGGACCAGGAGCUGCAGCCCAAGUCCUUCCCCAAACCCAUCUACUCCUACAGCUGUCUGAUUGCCAUGGCUCUAAAAAACAGCAAAACUGGCAGCCUCCCAGUCAGUGAGAUUUAUAGCUUUAUGAAAGAACAUUUCCCCUACUUUAAGACGGCACCUGAUGGAUGGAAGAACUCAGUCAGACACAAUCUGUCCCUCAACAAGUGCUUUGAGAAGGUGGAGAACAAGAUGAGCAGUUCCUCCCGUAAGGGCUGUCUGUGGGCGCUGAACCCUGCCAAAAUUGACAAGAUGGAGGAAGAGAUGCAGAAGUGGAAACGCAAGGACCUGCCAGCCAUCCGCCGCAGCAUGGCUAACCCUGAAGAGUUGGACAAACUGAUCACUGACCGUCCAGAGAACUGCAGAAGGAAGAUUCUAGAGCCUGGCCUGACCAGACUACCUGGCAGUCAAACUGGACUCACCCGGUCUGUGCCCACACAGAUGCAUCCCCAGUCUAUAGUCACUCUGUCCCUCCCACAUUUACCCCUACACCAGCACCACCAGUUCCAGGCCCAGCUCCAGGCUCGGCUGGCCCCCAUGUCCCCCGCACCAGCCGAGACACCUCCCCUGGACACAGUUCUUGACCUUUCCCAAAGUCCACUCCGUCAGCAGCUGGGUAAACACCCAGAAGACAUCUACAGCAUUUACAGUGACACCAACACAGAGGUGGAUGCACUGGACCCCAGCAUCAUGGAUUUUGCUUUUCAAGGUAAUCUGUGGGAAGAGAUGAAAGAUGGGAGCUUCAACUUUGAUGCAUUGGGCACCAUCACUAACUCGCCCCUCAGAUUAUCAGACUGUGACUUGGGAACUACCAACAACCCUCCAGCACUCACUGGUGUGAACCUGCCGCUAUCUGACGUACAGGUCACAAGCCUCUACACCUCCUACACCUCCCAGGACCCUCUGACAUCACAGUACCUGAACACACCAGUCAACAACAAGCCUAUCGCCUUGCUUUAAAGGAAAGGAGAAAAAUAAAUCACUGAUUCGAAGAGAAAAAAAACCCUGCUGAGUGGCAUACAGAUGACAUCUGGAAAAAAAAAGCCUAUUUUAUGCUCCCUUUCUGUACGUACAUACUUCCAAACUUCACUGUCCAUAUACAGUACUGCAUGCUUUACAUUUGGCAUUGCUGUUAAGCAAUACCUUCACUAGGGGGCAGUGUUAACCUAGUUCAGGGGUGUCUAAACUGUUCCACGAAGGGCCGCUGUGGCUGCAGGUUUUUGUUCCAACCAAGCAGUAGCACACCUGAGUUGACAGGUUUAAUCAACUGGUCUCAGUCUUCAGACAGCUGAUUGGUCAAACUAUGUGCUCUUGGUUGGUUGGAACAAAAACCUGCAGCCACACUGCCCUUUUUUUCCAAGGACUCAAGGUUCUUUAUUGUCAUUGCAACACAUUUUAGACAUGGGAUGAACGAAAUUAGUUUCCCCGGUACCGGCUCGAGUACAAGUGACAGAGGGGAAUAGUUCGGCGUAGUGCAAGAGAGAAAGAGAAAGUGGCGAUUGUACAUGAGUA